AUGGAUCAGGCCUGGCUAGAUUCUUUAUCCGAAGACUGGGUAUCUCAACCUCGAUCCGAAUCACCAGAGCCAGAACUCCCAUCUCUCACAAAUGGCACAUCUGAUUCUUCAAACCCACGCCCAACCGUCCUGCCUAGUCGCAUACCGAAGUUCAGUACGGAGACGAAAUCCUGGUCGAAUGUGCCAGACAGUAACCCGUUGAGCGAAAGGAGUCAGAAUGAGAUUAAUAUUCCCUUGUCACAACGAACACAUCAGCCAUCAAAACUGCGAAGUGAGAUACCGCUGAGCCCGGUUGGUCGGAAAGUCUCUCGACCUUUGUCAGCUUCUAGCACACACACAACAGAAUAUAAUACAGUCCAGCAUAACAAAUCUCUCAGCGCAUCGCCCAAGAAGAGCUCAAAAGACACACCAGAAUGGAAGAGGAGGCUCCUCCAAGGGGACGUUGGAUAUGGUGAACAGCGCGAUUUAUUCAGCGCAGCCGGUCUCGAGACGAUAUUUCAACCACCACCUACCGAAAGUUCGAUCAAAAAGCUGCCCGCCUAUGGAGAGAGUAGUAUAAUGCCAUCCAGUCCUCCGCUCUACCGCACAAGAUUAGAGCCUCCACAAUUCGAUAGCGACUUAUCAUCUGAAGAUUCUGUGGCAGAAGAUGGAAAUGGCCUGCCACGAGCUGUGAGAUAUAAAUUGACAGAGGAUUUUGGUAGUGAAUUUUCUACCAACGAUUUGAGUCGAGGAAGCGAUUUUAGACCUACCACACUGAAUACUUUGAGUCCGGUUAAAGAAUACUUUUCUCCCUCAAAUUCUGCUCUCAACGCGGACUACCAACCUACCAAAAAAGAAUACCUAGACGUAGGACGAACCAUAAGCGGACAAAGCGAUAAGCGAAACGAGUUUUUGUCACCGAUAUUUUUAGCAUCGCAAGGUUCCAAAGGUGGUAAAGCUGAAAAUUCGCCAUUGGACAUAUCACCUGCUGAACUCCAGGAACGCCUGGAAAAGCUUCGUACUGAUGAUCCGAAUGUCGAUGAAGCUCAAAACCUCGAAAAUGCCUCGCGACCUAUAACCGGCGACGUUACAACAGAUACGGAUGAUUUCAGGCGUAACGGUGAAUUUGUCAACGUUCGAAGAGGCGGUAGUUCUGAAGAGGGUUCUUUCCAAAAAGGGAUGCUUAGUCCCUCUUCCCUACCACCAAUUGAUGAAUCGGCAUUAUCACUCGAUGAUUCCCGACACGACAUCUCUGAGAAGCAACUCCCUAAAAUAAGAAAGACACGAGCCUCCAAUGAACUUUUGAAACCACCGGUGAAUUUACAAUCCCCUUCGAUUGUGUCAACGCCUCAUCCCAGCCCAGCCAAACCUCCCGUCAAAAGCAGUUUUGGAAGCCCGUUGAAAUUGUUUGGUACUCAUGAUACGUUUACAAGUCAAAAGCUUCUGCGUAGACUGAGUCAAUACGAGGAUCGUGGAAGUGAUCCUGAACCAGACGUACCACCGAACACUGCCCAUGAGACCGCGUAUCAUCAUAUGGAUACUACAAAUGAAAACCGACCCGUAUCAGAGGGUAGUCAUUUCCUAAAGGAGCGUAAAUCAAAGAGGUUCAGUAGCUUUGGCGUCGGCGAUUUGGAUAGUUUCCGAUUUAACGAGGAUGUCUCCUUCGAGUCGGAUGGAUCCAUUUUACAUAACGACGAUGUAGAAGAUCUGGCUUUUCCUGUCUUAGAUCCGAAGUCACAAACUAGAUUUCGCUUUCGACUAGAUUCUUCACCGAAAAUAAAGGAAGAGGCCGAUAGGCAAACUAGUGGUAGACACAGAAGUACUAGCAAUAGCAGUAGCAGGCGCAGCUUGAGCGUCAGAAAAAGGUCUAGCACUGGGUCUUUUACGCCGUCUAGUGUCUUACCGUCUUUUCAAAUGACUGAGAACCUAAAGACGCCCAGGAGAUCGAAUGGUGAAGCUGAAGGAAAACGGCUUCUCAGAUCUCCAUUGAAGGAUCCAACACCAAAAAGACGCCGUACCUUGCACAGAGCGGAUAUUUCUCUUCCACUGCAACCUGAAGGGCUACUAGUCUCAAUUAAUGGGAUUCAGCGUCCAUCAACGCAGCCAGCGAUGGGCAGGACGCGACAAGACAACGAGCGAAAGUUUCAAGCUGCCGAACCGAAAAUACUCGCGAUGCGAGAGCUGCUCCGUCCUCGAACACCCACACCUAGUCAGCGUAAUGGCCAGCAGCAUGAAGAAGCACUUUUCGUUGAGCCGGAACUCGCCUCAGACGCACGUGCAAGAAUGUUACAAGAGCAAAAGAUUGCUAUGGUUCAAGCUGAGCUUGACCUAGCGAAUUCUGAUAUGCCUCUCGGCGCUAGUCAGCAAUCGCAGGAUAGCCGAAAACCUUCUGUAACCACCCAGGACUUCCUGGACGAGGCGAAGAAGAUUAUGGCAGGCAUUCGAGGUAAAGCAAGGCCUCGUAGUGGUCUCACAAGCCUUGAAGAGUCGGAGUCCGAAGGCGAUCAAGUCAUCUCACCUAAUGUUGCAGCAGACGAUGAGCUAGAGGAUUCCUACCAGGAGUCAACCCAGGAAGUAUUUGAGAGACCACCAAGUCGCGAAGGAGCCCCAGUGUCAAGAGCUCCACUCACGCAAGAUCCGGAGCUUUUGGAUCAUUUACGCAAAUAUGAAGAGAAGAGUGAAAUGGAUGGCAUCAUUGCUUCAUCUAUAAAGUCUAUGGCUAUGGCGGAAGAGGUCAUCAGAAAUGCGAGAGAAAUCGAUAGAAUUGCGGAUGGUACAAUUUCAAAAUCGCUCGGUCACUUUCUAGAUCCUAUUGAUACAGUGCAGAGCGACCCACCAAAUAUUCGCAUAUCUAAUAAUCCGGAGAUUCAGCGAAAGCGCAAACAUUCUGGCUCUUCACGACAGCUGGACGAGGAAUAUGAUGAUCCUGAUUUUUUCACACAUGGUUCGAACAACUCGAUACCGACCACAUCAUCCAGAGGUUCAGAUUCGAGACGUGUCAUUGCGCCGCACACAGUAUCCCAUCUAAUUCCAGAGCAAUUGGCUGGUAUGGUCUUUGAUCGAGAACGGAAUAUGUGGGUCAAGAGGAAGUCUACCAGAGGAGAAAGGGAUGGACAAGAUUCCCCAAAUUCCGAAGGAACGGAGGAAGAUCCCUUCGAAGACAUCCCUGAUCUGUCAUUCGAUGAAACGCAGGAGCUCAUGAGGCUAAGGGCCGUUGCCGCCAAACAGAAGGAAGACGCACGAUUACGAUUGGCUGAAUAUCUUGACGAUGAAAAACAGCACGACGAGUUAACUGGCCGAUCACCACCUCAAGACAAUUUGAACAUGAGUGUUCCGCCUGUUGAUAUCAGGCCUAAAACAGCACCUUCAAAGCCUAUUCAUCUUGGCCUGGAUAAUUCGGUGCCCGAGAUUAAAAUCCGAUCAGCCUCCACAGGCGAGGAUAGUGUCUUACGGCCAAAGAAGAUUCGUAGUGGGAACACAAACAAACUUUUUCACGGAAGUCAUAGUUCAAGCACGAGCAAGCCCCCCCAAGACAGCAGGAAAUUGGCCGAUGGCGAAAUCUUCCUUCAACCGGACGGAGACCUGAGCACCACAACUCCAAAACGUCAACGAAAUGUCACAAUCACUUUCUCGUCCCCUAUCGCGGAACUUAUCGAGAUUCCUACUUAUAAUGAUGAUGAUAGUUCCACGAAAGACGAGCCUUACCAUUCUGACUACGACAGCGUCAACGAAUCUGAUAGUGAUGAUGGUGGAAGUAUUCAGGUUAAGAAAGGAAAGUCUAGACAAGGAAACGGAACACAUGGAUAUCGAAGCACCUCCCGUAAAUUAUCAGUUGGAGGACAACAAUUCAUGCCCCGUCCAGUAUCACGCAUUGACGAGCAGGACGAAGACUCCGUCGACAGGGGAAGUGUUAGUGCGCGCAAACACGGAAACAAUCUUCUACCCACGCCCUCCGCCUCGCCGAGAAAAGCGGAUAGUGUAGUACUCGCUACACCACGCCCCCCUCAUGAAAUUGGGACCCUUGAACUCACUCCACUUUCAGAAUUUACGAUGCAUCAAGCAGACGAAUCAUUUGGACUGAACGUGAGCUAUGUAGCGAAUGGGCAAAAGCAUAUUCCAGGAGCUUCUACGAAAAAAACACUUUCCCACUCAAUCAAGGCAAUGGUUGAGAAACUGACUGAAAUUGAGCCAUAUGAGCCGUUCUGGGAGCAUAUGAAGGGCGCCGAUCUGCAUCGAAAGAAACUAACAAAUUUACACAAACUCGACGAAUUUUGUGAGCACCUCGAGGAACUGAAGGUCUCCAACAACGAAAUCAACAACAAUCAAAUCACUUCGCUUCAUGGUAUCGAAACUCUUGAUGGAUUAAUAACAAUCCGGCUUCGAGGCAACCCAAUUGAGACACUAAACUUCAAAGGAACGAACCUCAAACAUUUGGAAAGAUUAGACCUUAGAGACUGUCAAAUCUCGGAAGUUAAGAAUCUCGGUCAGCUGCCGAAAUUGUCGAGCCUUGAUCUGGAGAAUAACAAAUUGGUCAGUUUCAUGACUUCAGACGAUUCAUGCUCGGCUAGAGAAAUUAGGCUGAGCUUCAAUAACCUCGAAUCUUUUGAUGCAAGUCUCACACCCGAAAUCCGCAUUCUCUACCUAGAUGCGAAUCGCAUCAAAACCAUCACUGGUCUCCUCCACAAAAGAAAUUUAUACAGCCUCUCAGUACGAAAACAGCAAUCUGGCACAGUUCUAGACAAGUCUUUCCUCCAAGAUGCUUACGAGGUCAGGAAGUUGUUCUUAUCUGGCAAUUACCUGGGAACCUUUGAUCCGGGUGUCGAAUACCUCAAUCUACAAUACCUCGAGCUCGCAAACUGUGGUAUUACUUCCCUACCAGAUGAUUUUGGUCUUAUGGUAGCAAAUGUGCGGGUUCUUAACCUUAACUUCAAUGGAUUACAAGAAUUCCAGUGCCUCCUCGGCAUCGUCCGACUCAAGAAAUUACUUCUUGCAGGAAACCGGUUGUCAAAAGUAGAAAGACUCACGAGGACUUUACGAGCAUUUCCGUAUUUGACUACUGUUGAUAUGAGGAAUAACCAUGUUAAUCAUAAUUUCUACCCAGUAGCAUUAGAAAGAUGUUUGAUUAAAGAUGGUGGGUUCGAGAAAACUGAGCUAGACGUUAUUGAUCCAUAUUCGCUUGGCAAUGCGGAUCCAGUAAGAGAUGCUCAUUACAUAUCAUGCUCAGACAUGGGAACAAAAGCUAUGCGUCGCGUAUACGAAAUGCUGAUCUUUGGCAAGAAGAGCGAUAACCCCAGACUCCAUAAGUUGGAUGGUCUGCCAGUAAAUAGAGAGGUUUCGAAGAUUCGAGAUGAUGUUUGGGAUAGACUUUUGGAGGCGGGUUAUGUAAAGGAAACCGAAAAGUCUAACGAGAAGACAAAUGAUGGUCAAACUAAGAAUGAGAAGGCUGAAGAGAUACUGGAAGAACCAAAGGGCGCACAUCGGGAAACCCCUAAUAAAAGUUCAACCGAGGAGAAAGUGGCAGAGAAAGGGGGUGAGAGGCAACAACACCAAUCUGAUAUUAAAAAAGGUCACGGAGUAGCCCAAGGUUCACAGGCUACCGGAUCUACCGGAAAGAAUGUGGAGAAAAUCGAGAAAGAGGCGGAGACGCCACAUGCUGGUAAUUUUGGCGACAAGACCUCUGGAACCAAAGUUGACGCAAAUCCAGUGGCCCCAAAGAAUGCCGAGAAACUUCCAACAGACGAUGAUAUUGUGCAGGGAAACACGGGGGACCGAUCUCAGAGCAGUCAAGCAUCUAACACGCCCAAACACCGGGCCCCUUUUUCUGGGGAAAACCCAAAUGUUGCGGCGCCUGAAGUUGACUCGGCAUCACCAACAUCCCUGAUGAAGAGACAUAAAUUAGCACGCAACAUGGAGAAGAUUAUCGCCAAGAGUGAAGCUACCGUUGCGAAGCAUAGAGCCUUGGUUAAACGUAUGAAUGAGGAGACUAGAGAAAAUGUGUCCACACACCCGAAAUCGAAGCGGAUGGAGACCAAUAAGAACAUGAUAGGAUUUCCUCCUCCAGUGAUCCCGCUUGCUAGUCAGACGAUUUAUGAGCAACCAUCACAAAAUAUUGGAGCUAAAUUUCCGACAGCCGCUCAACUGAAGCAGGAUUUUGAGGAAAUGCUGCAGUCAUUCGAGCGCGAGUCGAAGUCGAAAGGACCCCUAACUUUGCACCGAAACCGUGAUGAGUAUGGGUCUUCUGUUCGACAGAGUAGUCGAAAUAAACCAGCCAAUACGAGAGGUGUCAAGAAGGUCGAGUUCGCUGAAGGGAGUAAAGAGGCCAAGGUGGGUAGAGAAUCGCGCUGGCCAGCUGAGGAUAGCUUCGCCUGA